AUGAGUUAUACUGACAACCCUCCUCAAACAAAAAGAGCUUUAUCGUUAGACGAUCUGGUCAAUCACGAUGAGAAUGAAAAAGUCAAAUUACAAAAACUGAGCGAAGCAGCUGAUGCAGCCAGACCUCUUGCCGAAAAUUCAGAACCAGAUUCAAAUCAAAUAUCAAUUGGCCAAGAUGCCCCAAUUGACAAUUACAAGGAGAGUAUUGGCCAUGAUUCACACUCACAAAAACCUAAAUCACGCAAGUCAUCAGCCGAUGAUGAAGAAACAGAUACAGAUGACGACGUAGGUACAAGUGGAGAAAUCAAUUUCGAUUCAGAAAUGGCCUUUGACUAUGAUAAACAACAUAGAAAUCUGUCACCUAAUGGAUUGCCUCUCACUAACGAUGGUACUGAUGCCAAGGUGAAGUUAGAAAAGCCUUCCGAUGUUUCAAUACCUCAUAAUAUUAAGAGCGACGAAGAACAGAGACUACCGAAACAAGGCAACGACAGGGACAGCGCAAACAACUACAUAACCCAAAUACCACCACAAAAACAGAAACAAGCGGAGGGAAAGAUAGCGGGAAAUGCAAUGGGAAGUGUAGUCAAGGAGGAAGAAGAAACAAAUGCUGCUGUCAAUAACAUCUUUGAAGAAAAAGCUACUUUACAAUCAAAAAAGAAUAAUAUCAAAAGGGAUUUAGAAGUUCUUAAUGAAAUAUCUGCGUCUUCCAAACCUAGUAAGUACAAAAAUGUCCCAAUUUGGGCACAAAAAUGGAAACCUACUAUAAAAGCUCUUCAAAGUAUAGAUGUGAAAGAUCUUAAAAUUGACCCGUCUUUUUUAAACAUUAUUCCUGAUGAUGAUUUAACGAAGUCAGUACAAGAUUGGGUUUAUGCUACAAUAUACUCGAUUGCUCCUGAACAAAGAUCCUUCAUAGAAUUAGAAAUGAAAUUUGGUGUUAUCAUUGAUGCGAAAGGCCCAGAUCGUGUAAAUCCACCAGUUUCUUCACAAUGUGUUUUCACUGAGCUUGAUGCUCACCUCACCCCAAAUAUUGACGCAUCCCUGUUCAAAGAGUUAAGCAAAUAUAUUCGUGGUAUUAGCGAAGUCACGGAAAAUACAGGUAAAUUCAGUAUUAUUGAAUCUCAGACAAAAGAUUCUGUGUAUAGAGUCGGAUUAUCCACACAAAGACCAAGGUUCUUGAGAAUGAGUACAGAUAUUAAGACUGGUAGAGUAGGACAAUUUAUAGAAAAAAGACACGUGGCCCAAUUACUAUUAUAUUCACCAAAAGAUAGUUACGACGUGAAAAUCUCGUUGAACUUGGAAUUACCUGUACCUGACAACGACCCGCCAGAAAAAUAUAAAUCUCAAAGCCCAAUCAGUGAAAGAACGAAAGACCGUGUUAGUUACAUUCACAAUGAUUCCUGUACAAGAAUUGACAUUACGAAGGUUGAAAAUCAUAAUCAAAGUUCAAAAAGUAGACAGUCGGAGACAACCCAUGAAGUCGAACUGGAAAUCAACACGCCUGCGCUGUUAAACGCCUUUGAUAAUAUAACAAACGAUAGCAAGGAAUAUGCAUCUCUUAUCAGAACUUUUUUGAAUAACGGUACAAUCAUAAGAAGAAAGUUAUCUUCUUUAUCAUAUGAAAUCUUUGAGGGUUCAAAAAAAGUCAUGUAA